GUGACCAACCAACCAACCAACCAGCCCCAAUCCUCGCCUCGGCUUCUCCGGUUCCCUUCCUAAACCCUCUCUCCCCUUCGCUUGCUAGGCUGCAGCUAAGCUACCCCUACCAGAUUACCCCCACCAAAUCCACUACCGCGGCACCGCCUCCUCCGGCGAGAUGCUGCGGCCGCUCCGCCGCCUAUCCGGCCCCCUCCGCCGCUCCCUCUCCACCGCCGCUUGGCGCCCCGCCUGGGCCAUGAUUUACCGGAUCUCCACGGCGGAGGAGUCCGCGGCCGCGCGGGGCGUCUCCCUCGCGCUCGCCCCGCCCCCGCUCGCCUCCCGCGUCUCCGUCCCAAGGCACGCCUUCGGUCUCGACCCGCUCCCGGACACGGCCAGCUCCGACGGCCAGCCCUCUAACUUCUUCGACUUCGGCAGCCUGGCCCCCGAGCAGGGCUCUCCCCAACCGGCCAGCACCCUUGUCGAUAUCUUCGGCAGCGGCGUGCUCGCCGCGAGCAGCGACGGCCUCCUCCUGCUCGGCACGUUCAGGAACCGCGCCGACCCCACGGGGAUGUUCGAGUACCAGGGCCCGUCGACCGCCCCGUUCGAGGUCCUCGACCAGGCCUACGCUCGCUCCUACUGCUGCGACAUCAUGAGGCUCGCGCGCUUCGUCUGCAACCCCGUCACGGGCGAGAUGGCCCGCCUUCCGGACUUCGACGGCACGGAGGACGCCUUCACCGCCUCCACGGGCCUCCUCACCCAGGCCGACGGUGGGCACGGACCACCCAGGAGGUACGCCGCUGCGCAGCUCAGCUUGGUCGGCGAUGGGCGGCGUUUCCUGCUGCGCCGGCUCUCCUCGGAGACAGGGGAGUGGGACGAGCUGCUGCUGCCGUCCCCGCUACCGGCUGGGCGCCUCAUGUACAUGAACCACGAGGUGCUGGACUUCGGAGGGCGGCUCUGGUGGGUAGACGUGAGCUGGGGCGCCGUCAACGUCGACCCGUUCAGCGACCGGCCCGAGCUCUGCCUCGUCGAGCUGCCGGGAGACAUCAUGCUUCCUGACCAACAGGGCGAGGCAGAGAUGAGGCAGCUCCUCCAGCACAGGCGCAUGGGGGUCAGCGACGGCAGGCUGAGGUUU